AUGUCUGAUCUGAAUUUGUUUGGUAUUGCCUUACUGACCGCAAGUUUUUUAAGUGUUUCAUAUAUCCUGGAUGAGAUGACGAGUUUAUGGAUUCCAGGAAAAAGUGCGAUGACGACGGGUCUUAUCGCUGGCGGAGGUACGUUUGUCAUAACGUAUUUAACGAGACUUCGAAACGAAGUAUCAUCCCUGGAAAAUGAAAUGGACGAACUCGAAGACGAGAAAGAACGACUUCGGGUCGAAAAUAAAAUUUUAAAAGAACGAUAAAAUUUUUUUAUUUCUUUUCCCAAGAAAUAAAAGAGAGAAUGUCUGAUACUGAAAAAGAACUCGUUCAGGAUUUAUACGAUGCUGCACUUUUAACAUCCGGAGUCGUUGGAAUUUCGUACGCGGCAAAAACAAUUGCGGGAAAAAGUUUGGGUGCACCGAUGACGUUAGAAGGUGCAAUGAAACUCGGUGUGGCCGUCGCGGGAAGUUCCAUGGCCGUGGCCUAUCUCAAAGAUAAAGGCUACGUUCCAGAAACAAUCGGUAAAUAAACAAAAUGACAACCAAUUUAGUAGUCGGUGGAUUAUUCAAUGCGAUCGCAUUUGCAGGCCCGGGAUUUUUAUUUUCUCAUUUAAAUCAAAAUGGGUACAAGGAAGAAGUUCAAAGACAUAAUCAUGCGCUGGAAGAAUUAGCAGCGGCCAAAGAAAAAUUUUACGAAUCCGAAGUGAAAAGACGGAACGAUGAAUUAAGUCGACGGCAGGAAAUCUUAGAUGCCAAUCAUGAUAUCGAAGAGACGAAUAAAGCAUUGGAUGAAUUAAGAAAUUAUAAUCGUCGGCAGGAUUUAUCGGCAUUGGAUCGUAAACCGAAAUUCGAAGAUUACUAUCAACCGUCGAACGAAAUGCAAAACUAUUUAACGAUGACGGUUGGAAUUCUAGGGGUGGGAAGCGGUUACGUACUGACGCGAAUUUUUUAA